AAAGUUCAAAGAAAAUGUGCGACCAAUAAACGUGGACCUUACCGUAUUGUUGGUGGAAAGACAGGGACAUAAAGGGAUUGAAGUAUGAGUGCGAAACAAGAAGAUACUACAAGAGGAGGAGAUGAGGUAGACAAACAAUGUGUGGGUAGUCCAAUGAACUCCAAACAUACAAAAGGAGGUUAUGACCAAGCUGAUACUUCUCAUGGGGAAGAUGAUCAAAUGCUGUCAUCAAAAGAGGAGAACACGUCUAAAAUUACAGUCAUAGAAGAUAUAAAAGCUGAAGAAUUCCAUUCAACAACAUAUAUGAAAUGUACAAACGUUGGGAAAGCAGUGAUUGUAAGCAACUUUAUGGAUGGCUAUACAUUUACCGAGAAAAGAGGAUUAGCGGUGAGGUCUUAUGCUAAGAAAGAUUGUGAUGAGCUAGAAAAAACACUUAAACAGCUUGGAUUUAAACCAUUUGACGACAAAGAGAACAUAAUGGUGUACAAAAAUCUAACAAAAAGAGAGUUUGAAGCACUGUACAAUAAAGUUGCAAAGGAGACAGACUACAGACCAAAAGGAAAAGAGGGAUUUACAUGUGUACUGUUCAUUGUCAUGUCAUAUGGAAGACCAGGACUAAUACAGUGUCAUAAAGAAGGUGCAGAAAUAAUGCAUCCAUAUGUAGAACUAAAGGACCUACAGGAAGCCUUCCAACCACAAAAUAAUCAUUCACUGGCCUUAAAACCAAAGUUGUUUAUUAUCCAGACUUUUCCCGAAUCAAUAAGCAAACGAGAUGGAGAUGAUCCAAGUGACGUAGAAACAACAGAAACCAAAAGAAUACCAAGAGAAGCAGAUUUUUUGACAUACACAAGUGAUGGAUAUUGCAUAAAUAGUCAUGGCAACGUCUUUAUCAAAGCUAUUGUAGAAGUUUUAAAGGAUAAAGAGGAGUCUGCCUUAGAGAUUCAGAGAGUUUUGAUAAGAAUGAACAAAAAGUUCAAAGACUAUCGUAGUUCAUGUAUGAAAAUACCGUGUGUGACUUCUUCUCUGACAAAGCAGCUGUUUCUUGUGUAAAUUCAACACAUGUGAAUAAGCGAACUACUGUUACAAAAAAAGGAUAAUUCCCAAAGUUUCACAUUUAAUUUACUAGUAUUUGAUUCUUAACAGUAUUAUCAAGGUUGAUACUAUUUGUAAUGCGCUUUUGUUAUCUAAUGUUUACUUAUUCAGGUUUGUAUACCAGCGUUCAUAUGUUUUGGUAUACCUAUACAUUUUCACUUCACAGUACUAUGAACAUCAAAGUUAUCUAUUUUGUAAAAAAAUUUGCUUCCUCCUUUUGAACUGUAUACCUAACGACAAAAUUAUUGUCAUUUUACCUGUGUAUAACAAUAAUGUAAAAAGCGGAUUUUUGUCAGGCUUAUUGUUGUUUUUCUGAAAUUGUUUAAAAUGUCACAGCAGUUUAAUACUGUUACUUUAGUUAUUCCUCUCUUUUUUUAUUGAUUUUAUGUUUGCAUUAUAUCAUAGAUCAAAUGUAUUUGUUCAGUGUAAUGUCACUUGUGUUAAUAUGUCUUUUGAUUGAAUUAAGCCUUUUCAAUUGAUAUUUUACAGUGUGUCUUUCUAUGUUGUGAUGUUAGUUUUGUUUCAGAUAAGGGUGAAGGUUUGGUACCAAUUAAACGUUUAAACUAGUUACAAUUGUUUGCACCUGUGAUCACCUGUCCUUAGUCAGAAAUCUGAAGGUUCAGUAGUUGUCGUUUGUUGAUGUGGUUCAUAAGUGGUUUCCGUUUCUCGUUUUUUAUAUAGAUUAGCCCGUUAGUUUUCCUGUUUGAUUGGUUUUAGACGUGUUAUUUUUGUGGUCCUUUAAAGUUUGCUGUUAUGUGUGAACCAAGGCUUCGUGUUGAAGACCGUACCUUGGCCUAUAAUGGUUUACUUUUAUAAAUUGUGACUUGGAUGGAGAGUUGUCUCAAUGGCAGUAAUACCACAGAUUCUUAUUUCUAUUGAUUGUUAAGUACUGAAAAAAGAUUUAAAAAAUAUUACGAUUGGUCAAAAACGUUGAUAUAUCAUUGAAUGACGUUCUUAUUUUACCAUUACUGACAAAAAUGUCAAAAAAAGAUGCAAAUGAGUUUUUAUUUCGGUUUUAUAUCAAGUACACGUCUAGUAAACAACAUUUACUUCAAAAUACAUGUUGAUGCAAAAAUCUCUUCGCGCCUUCUUUACAAAACCCUUUGUCAUAUGGCAAUAAAAUUAAACCAGAUAGCAUGCAACUAGGAUUACAUACCCUCGUAUGUUGAUCAAUGCAAAUCCAAACGUGAUAGAUCAACAUUAUGUAGAUUGAGGUUAAGUGCUCAUACUUUAUCUAUUGAAAGAGGGCGAUAUCUAAAAUUACCAAAGCAGAGUAGGGUAUGUCUUUGCUACAACAGUGGAGACAUUGAAGAUGAACUACACUUUCUUUUGAAAUGUUCCUCCUAUAACUAUGUGAGAGAUUAAAUUAAAUAAUGUUCUAUUGAAUAAUAGAUUAAUUCCCCAACAAUAUUUUAAAAAAAUGUUGUCAACUAUUUGAAUGAAUGUUUGUUGGUGAGAAAAUCAUUAUUAAAGGGUAAUUGAUUUCUGGAAUAAUGUAUAUGCUUCUCUUUUUAUUUUUAUAUAUUUCUCUCAUAAAUAUCCACUGUCACUCCUUCAUUGUAUGUAUAUUUUAUUGUAGUUUGUCUUUAAUUUGUUGCCAUAACCAUUUAUUUUCAAUGCGUUAGUGCCGAUAAGUUAUCUUAUCUUAUCUAACAACUCCAUUAAAGAAUAAACAGAAGUACAACACAAAUGUUUAAAGGAGUUUUGGAAUUCUCUGCUCCUAUCUUAAUACGUUUCAAGCACAAGCAGAAUACACUCGAAAUUUGAUAAAUUUGAUAUUUUAUAUACAAAAUAUACAUAUAAGGAGUCUUUGCAUUAUACAUUGUUUUGGUUUUAGCUGGAGCUAUUAUUUCAUAAUAGUCCCAGGUUUUAGUUUGGGUAAUUUAGAUAUACAUUUUAGUAUCAACCAACUUAGAGAAUUUUAGACGAAUCG